AUGCUCCCGGAGCAGGAACAUGAAAAUUCCCUUAACUGGUAUGAAGAAGAACUGGAAAGAGUUCAGGAAGCGAAAUUAGAAGCUGGAGCACAUCUGGAAGAAAGGAAAGAAGAGAGUUAUAUCGCGUUAAGCUCAUUGAAACUGAGUAGAUCCUCAGCAGAUUCUCAAGUAGCCGAAAUGCACGCCAAAAUGGCGUCGGCAGAAAUAAAGGCAAAACAGCUAGAAAUGGAAAAAGAACGACAAAAGAAAGAGUUUGCGAAACAGCUGGAGAUAAAACACAAGAACGAACAAGCACGUAACCAGGCUGAAAGAAUUGAAUUCUUAGCAAAAGAAAGGAGAAAAACCCAAGAAGCAAAGGACGAGGUCGCACGCCUUGCGGCAGAAGCCGAAAACCUUGAGAAGGUACGAAAAACUUUAAUCAUUACAAUGACCCUGAGUCUUUACCUAGGGCCAAGUCGCACUGGAGGGCAAUUUCAGUUUUGUUCCGGACAAAUCCGACUUGAAAUCGGCCAGUGACAAAAAAAUUGUCCGGAAAGCUACAUUCGCACUUAAGAACAAAAUCUGUGAACAGAACACAACACCAUGCUAUGAGCGCCUUGUGAUUCUCGGCUUUCUAACUGAUCAUGCUUUUCAGCCCACAGUUGAACUAAAAGCUUCUCCUCUUCUUCACUCCAUCUGUCCUGAGCCUUCUUGUUCUCGGCUGACGAAGAUGCACGGGGCGAAGAAGAUGGGGUUGAUGCCGGCAUUGAGCAAUCUUCGCUGAACUGAAGGGAUUCUGGCAACGAGUCAGUACUCGUGGUCGGAGAUGGGCUGGGAUUUCCUCGAUCAUUAAACAUGUAAGGCCCUGGCAAAGGAUAGAACCAUCCUGGUGGAUAUUGUGGAUAUUCGUACGGAAAAAAUUGAUUUCCUGCGCCGGGAUUCAUGUUGUUGUGAAAUGAGAACGUGAUUAAUUUUACAACGAAGUCUAUAGCAUAGAGACUCUGCUACGUAUCACCUGUCCAAUCAUUUCCGAAUUAAAACACCCUCGUUAUUGUUUUCCAAAAUAUGUCUCAAUUUGGCCUUCUCCAGAGGUAGUCGACGGCAUCUUUGAAGUUUGUCUGUCCGCGACCAAAUUUUGUCCUUUGGUGAACAAACCGGUCGCACUUGGCUUUUUAUUGUGAUGACAGAUUUUUGACAUAAAUAAACAGUUUUGUCCUCUAGUGCGACUUGGCCCCUAAUCAUCUCCGGGAUUUUGAUGAUGAUUUGCUAGAGUUAAUCCCACUGUCUGGAUUUUCGCAAAGUGUAAAACAAGUCAUGUUCCGUCAUUAUACUCAUCGUCCCAACCACUGUCUGUAG